AUGGCCUCCCUAGGCCUUGCAUAUCUAGAUUCGGAUCUAGAUUCCGACCCUGAGGUUGUUCCCGAGUCCCCACCCGCCGUGCCAAGCCUCCAAACAGAGCCGCUAAGCCAGAUCACGAUGCCAAGCCUUCCAGUUGAAGUAGGCCUUCUCGCGAUACCCUCGCCGCCCUCGCCUGUUCCCUCGAUUUCGAUGCCUAUUCCCCCUCUGGACCAACAAUUCAGCUCACCGGAAGAAGGAAUCGCAGCUAUCAAUACUUUCGCGCGCGUGAAGAAGACUGUACGACUAUGCUGUGACCGAGGCCGUACCCACCGAGACCGACUUGAUCAUGAUCGUCAACGCCAGACCACAACAAUUGCAAAUGACUGCCCAUUUUCUCUCUCGCUCCGGCUAAACCUAGAGACUAAUACCUGGUCUUUAACGAUGGAGAACGGUACCCAUAAUCAUGAGCCUACUCCUGCAUCGACUCACGCAGCCCAGAGAAGCCAAGAGCUUUCUGAGAAGACGGAGGAUAUACGGAAAGAACUUGAAAUGGGGCUUCCAACGCGUAAGAUUCUUACUGGUGUUCUUAACAAUGAUCUAGCUUCGUGUCUCACAUCCCGAGAUAUCUACAACCUCCGGCGACGGGUCCAUAUGGAGUUCCUUGCUGGGCGCACCCCUCUAUAG